AUACUGGGGAUAGAAGGUUUCAGAGAGGCAGCUAUUCCCACGUCAGUCAAUGUUCAGACUACCUAACUCAAGAUUAUCGAACCAAGAUAGCCGAAUCAGCUGCAAAGUACUUAUUUUGUGAUUAAAUUCUGUAUGUUUUGGACGCAGAGGAACGAUGGAGACGCUGCUUCCCAAAGCGCCACAGAAAAGGCAAGUGACCGCCAUUAUUAUCCUAUUACUAUUGUGGGAGGCGGGCGGUGCAACCAUUAAGUAUUCUAUUCUAGAAGAGAGGGAGAGCGGCUCUUUCGUUGCCAACCUAGCAAGAGAUCUGAGGUUGGGCUUAGGGGAGUUAGCCGCGCGGGGAGCUCGGAUUCUUUCCAAAGGAAAUAAACAGCAUUUGCAGCUCGAGCAGAAGAGUGGAAAUUUGCUUCUAAAAGAAAAACUGGACCGGGAAGAGUUGUGUGGUGAUAUAGAUCCAUGUAUACUAAAUUUCCAGGUGUUACUGAAAAACCCGGUGCAGUUUAUUCAAGGUGAACUGCAGCUGCAAGAUGUAAAUGACCAUGCACCAGAAUUCUUGGAAAAUGAAAUCCUCCUGAAAAUCUCUGAAAGCAGCCAUCCAGGGACUGCAUUUCCUUUGGAAAUAGCUCAAGAUUUAGACGUGGGCAGCAACACAGUUCAGAACUACACAAUUAGUACCAACGCCCAUUUCCACCUCUCCACUCGCAAUCACAGCGACGGCAGGAAAUACCCUGAACUGGUUCUCGACAAAGCGUUGGACCGUGAGGAGCAGUCCGAGCACAGAUUAACUCUCACAGCGUGGGAUGGUGGGUCACCGCCUAGGACUGGGACUUCCCAGGUCCUCGUUAUAGUCCUGGACAUAAAUGACAACGCUCCUGAAUUUGCUCAGCUGCUCCAUGAGGUGCAUGUCCCAGAGAAUAGCGCCAUUGGCUCCCUUGUCAUCACCGUAUCCGCUAUAGAUUUAGAUUCUGGGACCCACAGCGAGCUCUCUUACUCAUUUUUCCAAUCCUCAAAUCAAAUCGUUCAGGCCUUUGAAAUAAACGCAGUCACAGGAGAAAUUCGAUUAAAAAAAUUGUUGGAUUUUGAGGAAAUUCGAUCUUACCGAAUGGAGAUUGAAGCCUCAGACGGCGGAGGUCUUUCAGGAAAAUGCACGGUAGCCAUACAAGUGAUGGAUGUGAACGACAACGCCCCCGAACUGACCAUGUCAUUGCUCAUCACUGAGAUCUCAGAAAACUCCCCUGACACUGUGGUGGCUAUUUUUGGAAUUUCAGAUCCAGAUUCUGGGGACAAUGGCAAAUUGACCUGUUCCAUCGAAGACCAUCUCCCUUUCCUUCUGAAACUUACUGUAGAAAAUUACUACACUCUGGUAACGGAGGGACCCCUGGACAGAGAGAGCCAAGCCGAGUACAACAUCACCAUCACCGUCACCGACCUGGGGACACCCAGGCUGAAGAGCGAGCACAGCAUCAGCGUGCAGGUGGCCGACGUCAACGACAACGCCCCGGCCUUCAGCCAAAGCGCCUACACCCUGUGGGUCCGCGAGAACAACAGCCCCGCCCUGCACAUCGGCAGCGUGAGCGCCACCGACGCGGACUCGGGCGCCAACGCGCGGGUCACCUACUCGCUGCUGCCGCCCGGCGACGCGCGCCUGCCGCUGGCCUCGCUGGUGUCCAUCAACGCGGACACCGGGCAGCUGUUCGCGCUGAGGCCCCUGGAUUUCGAGGCGCUGCGCGCCUUCGAGUUCGGCGUGGGCGCGGCCGACGGCGGCUCGCCGGCGCUGAGCAGCCGGGCGCUGGUGCGCGUGCAGGUGCUGGACGCCAACGACAACGCGCCCGUCGUGCUGUACCCGCCGCAGAACGGCUCUGCGCCCUGCACCGAGCUGGUGCCGCGCGCGGCCGACGCGGGCUACCUGGUGAACAAGGUGGUGGCGGUGGACGGCGACUCGGGCCAGAACGCCUGGCUGUCGUACCAGCUGCUCAGGGCCACGGAGCCCGGGCUGUUCGGCGUGUGGGCGCCCAGCGGCGAGGUGCGCACGGCCCGGCUGCUGAGCGAGCGCGACGCGCCCAGGCACAGGCUGGCGGUGCUGGUGCGCGACCACGGCGAGCCGCCGCUGUCGGCCACCGUCACGCUGCACGUGCUGCUGGUGGACGGCUUCUCGCAGCCCCACCUGCCGCGGGCCGAGGCGGCGGCCGAGCAGGCGCGGGCCGAGCCGCUCACCGUGUCCUUGGUGGUGGCCCUGGCGGCGGUGUCGUCGCUCUUCCUGCUGUCGGUGCUGGGCGUCGUGGCGGCGCGGCUGUGCGCGAGGGCCCGGGCGGCGUCUGCGGGUGGCUGCUCGGGGCCCGGGGGCGGCCUUGCGGGCCACGUGGUGGACGUGAGCGGCGGCGGGACGCUGUGCCAGGCCUACCGCUAUGAGGUGUGCCUGUCGGGAGGCUCGGGGACCGGCGAGUUCAAGUUCCUCAAACCAAUUCUCCCCAGCUUCCCUCCUCAGGACACUGGGAGAGAAAUGGAGGAAAACCUCAGUGUUCGGAAUAGUUUCCCAUUCAGUUAAGUAUUGGAUUAUUCUAUUAAGCUCUACUUCAUAUGUUUGGAAAUCUCUUUUAAUUUGAAGUUGCAUGUUAUUGAUGCAUGUUAUUUAUGAUGUUUCUUGAUUAUUUUAUUAUCGUUCCUUAGAAUGACAUUUUCAAAAUCAUAUACUGGGAAUAUGUAUUUUCUCCAUGUUGCACUCAGUAGUUUUUUAUUACUCUCAAUAAAUAUUUGGCAAUAUGAAUACAAUUUUAAAUUUUAUUUGCAUAAUUAAAAGUUUUUUAAAUUCAAUCUAUCCUUUUUACAAAAAUUAUAUUCCAAAGCACUUAAGUAAGUUAGUUGUAUUUCUAACUAUUAGUGGCAAUUGUCUUCACUAUUGCUAUGUAGGGAAAAUUUUUUAAAUCUGGGUUGGUAUUAUUUAAUUACCAAUGUAAGUCUCAUUUUGGGGUAACUCCUACAGUGUGAAAAAUGAAACACUAAAGAUGGAUAAAUGCUAAGAUAGCUAUUCAUAUUUAUGUCUAUUUCAGUGUGCCAUAAUCAUCAAUACAUAUUUUCUAUGAAUAUACAUACAAAAAGGUCGAUACAUUAAGUUACAGUUUGUGAACUUCGUGUAAGAAUAUGAUGGUUUUUAAAAAAAUAAUACCAUGCCAAUUAUAAAUACUUAAACAGUUGUCGAAUGUUAUUAACAUUCCAAUAAUGAAUUUAAAUAAUAAUUUUCAAGGCUAAUAUUCUCUCUACAUUAUGGUACUUUUGCCAAUAAUGGAAAUUCAAUAUCACUCGUUUAUUUUCCUUCUAAACAGAAAACAACCCCCACUCACCUUAAACCAUACUACAGAAUAUGAAGUGCUUGAGAGUACAUUUUAUUUCCUUUUCUUUGUAUAACAAUUUGAAAGAUAUUGCUUAGUGAAGUCCAAAUUAUAUUUUUCAAACCCCUCGUUGUUUUUCAAGUUCUAUAUGUGUGCUACCUGCCAAGAUCUAAGUCUGUUAUUAGUGGCAGGUUAUUAGGUAAAUAUCAGAUUGUCCAUUCUAGUGCUGUGUAAGCAUCAUUUAUCUUUAUUAACCAUAAAGUCAUUUGCUUUUACAGUUUAACCCAUAUUUGAUCUUAUUUGUGUUGGUCACAUUUGUAGCAGUUUAUGAAAAAUGUCUCUUCAAUUUCCCAUCAAAGUCAGGCAAUUUAUACUAAAGUGAUGAGUGAAUAUUUUAUUUUUAUCUUUAAUUAAAAUAGAACUGGUCUUAACUA